UUUCAACAAUGUGGGAGAUAAAAGGAGCCAUUAGAGAGAGAGAGAGAUGGUUGGAAAUACCUUCCAUUCAAAACAACACGUUCCCUCUUCUCAACCCAACUACCUGUCCUCCCAGUCCCAUGCGUAAAUCCUUCCUAACCUCAUGCUCAAUCGUCUCCAGAAGAAAAUAUUGCUUAAACCAUUAGAACCCUUAUAAUUGGUGGCUGGUGUGGGGGCAACGUCUGACUAAUAAGAGGAGGAGGCUGAUCGGAGAGAAGCAGAUGAAUAUCUCUGCAAUAAAAGGGAGCUUCAAAAUCAUUUCUUGUGUAUGUCUUCAGCAAAUUACGGAAACAGUACUACCACUGCCGACAUACCCACUAAAUCCUCAUUUGGUCAUUGGUGAAGACGAGCAAGCAGAGGGAAGGAUCAUAUUUCCCUUUUUCCACUCAGAGGCAUCAAAGCUCAGUGUCUGAAAUUGAUGGGUUUUGCUAAAAGCAUUGGGAAAUACCAACUCAGCAGAACCAUCGGAGAGGGCACCUUCGCCAAGGUUAAGCUGGCCUUGAACACCAGCACAGACCAGUAUGUUGCAAUCAAGAUCAUUGAUAAACAGAUGGUGAUGGAAAACAAGCUAAUGGAGCAGGUGAAGAGAGAGAUAAGUACAAUGAAGCUUCUGAAUCACCCCAAUAUUGUCCGGAUACACGAAGUCAUCGCCACCAAGACAAAAAUCUACAUUGUAAUGGAAUAUGUUUCUGGGGGUCAACUCUCUGACAAGUUGUCUUACCUUAAGAAAUUGAGUGAGCAAGAGGCAAGGCUAUACUUUCAGCAAUUGAUCGAUGCUGUUGAGUACUGUCAUUGCAGGGGCGUUUAUCACAGAGAUCUCAAGCCUGAAAACUUGCUGCUAGAUACCAAAGGAAAUUUGAAAAUCUCAGACUUUGGGCUCAGUGCACUGCGUAAGCCUGGAGAUUUACUAUCUACUGCUUGUGGUUCUCCAUGCUAUGUAGCUCCUGAGGUAAUUGCCAAUAAAAACUAUGAUGGAGCAACCUCUGAUGUUUGGUCAUGUGGAGUAAUUCUUUUUGAAUUACUUUCUGGCUAUCUUCCCUUUGAUGAUCGAAACCUGAUGAGCUUGUAUAGGAAGAUAUCUAAAGCAGAGUACAGGUACCCAGACUGGUUUACAAAAAGGCAAAAGAAUCUAAUUUCCAGAAUUCUUGAUCCAAAUGCCCAAACGCGAAUCACAAUAGCAGAGAUUAUUGAAAAUGAGUGGUUCCAAACCAACUACAAGACUUCUUUAGGAAUUGUGUGUGAUGAAGACAUUAGUUUAGAGGAUGUCAAUGCUGCAUUCAGUGAUAUGGAGGGAAAGGACAAUGAAAUGGGUAUUCCAAAAUCACCUAGUUUUAUCAAUGCAUUCCGAUUGAUAGCAAUGUCUAAUGACCUUGAUCUGUCAGGUCUCUUUGAAGAACAGGAUGAAGAGAAACAGAAAAUAAGGCUUGGUUCCAGACAUCCAAUUCAUGAGACCAUAGAAAAAAUCAAGUAUGCUGCAAAGGAUGCAAGCCUCUCAGUAGAAGGGAUUUAUAAUUCAAAAGUGAGAAUUCACCAGAAACAGAAGAUGACCAGAUGUAGUAGAUCAUAUUUCAACCUAUCAGCAGAGGUGAUUGAGGUAACUCCCACACAUUGCGUAGUGGAAAUAUCAAAAUCUGCAGGAGAGCUAAGAGGGUAUAAAGAGUUCUGUAAAAGUCUAUCAAGUCUGCUCACGGAUAAACCCGGUGAUUCUGAUGAGCCAAAAGUGUCCACAGAUACAAGUUUUGCUGAAAAAAAUGACCAAGAAAAUGGAAGCUCUGAAGAGGAAGGCAGCAACAGAGGUACUAAAGAAUUGUGUGGCUAUUCUUCCUCAUGACAUUUAGUAGUCUUUACACUGAUGGUCCCCAAAGGGAAAGAAAGAUGUAGAAGACAUGGAAAAAUAUUAUUCUUCCACAUUGGCAGAGAGAGAGAGGGGAAAAAUAGAGAAUGUGUACAGUUUCUUGCAUUUAGUGACAUGUUUCUUUUUCUUUUUUUCAUUUUGCAUUUCUCUUUUAGGUUUGUUUCAUUUGUCAAUUGUUGUCUCUCCGUUUGGAAGUGUGAAUAAAGCUACUUUCUUGAACAUGCAA